UUCCACAAACAUAUAUCUCUUCCACUCAUCAACAGAGAAAGCAUGAUUUCUGAUAAAGGAAUAUCAAUCAAAUUUCUUCUUUUUUUUCUACUUUGUGUCUAUGUUUCAGGAGAUGAUGCAGAAGUGAGAUGCAUUGCGAGGGAGAGAGAAGCUCUUCUGAGCUUCAAGAACAGCCUCAUCGGCGAUGAUGGUAUUCUCUCGUCAUGGCGAAGUGACGAAUGCUGUGAAUGGUAUGGUGUUGAAUGCAGCAACACCACUCGCCAUGUCAUCACUCUCCAACUUAAUGCUUGUGAUUUGGAAGGUGCAUUGCGAGGUAAGGUUGGUUCUUCCUUGCUUGAGUUGCAUCAUUUAAGCUAUCUUGAUCUCAGUUGCAAUGAUUUUGGAGGCAAUCCUGUCCCAGAAUUCAUCGGUUCCAUGAAACAAUUACAUCACUUGUAUCUCCGGAAUUCUUACUUUUCUGGGAUCAUUCCUCCUCAGAUAGGGAACCUUACUAACCUGCGCUCACUUGGUCUUUCUCGCAACUCUUUGACCACUGAGAAUCUCGAUUGGCUUUCAAAUCUCUCUUUGUUGUCUUUUCUUGAUUUGAGUCAAAUCGACUUAAGUCACACCAAUUGGCUGCAGCAUAUCCCAAGUCUUCAUUCCCUAUAUGAAUUGCACUUGAAAUCUUGUGGCCUCAAGGAUAAUAAACCUUCUUCUAAUUCUUCUUCCACAUCUCUUCUUUCUAUCCUUGAUCUGUCACAUAAUAACCUCACUCUUUCCUCGUUCGAUUGGUUAUCUAACUUAAACACAAGUCUAGUGGAAAUAGACCUGUCACACAAUGCUUUUGUAGGCCCGAUUCCUAAUGCACUAAUAGAGAGUUUGGUUCUUAUUGAGCAUCUUGAUCUUUCUAGUAACAUGCUUCAAGGUCAAGUCCCAAAAUCUUUGUCCAAUCUCAGUCGUCUGCGCGUCUUAGUCCUUUAUGAAAAUGACUUUAGAGGAGACUUUGAUGAGUUGUUUGGAAAUAUAUCCGCCAAAGCAAUAUUGGAAUCACUCCAGAUUUUGGAUUUGGCUCAUAAUAAACUCAAUGGUCCAGUGCCAGACUUGAGAGCGUUUUCUGCAUUGACAGAAGUGUACCUCGAGGGGAACAACUUCACUGGCUUCAUGCCUCUAAGUAUUGGCCAACUCUCCAAGCUUCACGCUCUAGAUCUUUCGAAUAAUUCUUUGAAAGGUGUAGUCAGUGAAUCACACUUCAUGAAGCUCAACAAGUUGAAGAUGCUAGAUUUGUCCUUCAAUUCAUUGAUCUUGCAUAUCGCUCCUGACUGGAAUCCACCUUUUCAGUUGGCUAAUAUUGUUUUAGCAGGAUGCAAUGUUGGCCCAUCUUUCCCAAAAUGGAUCCAAACUCAGAGGAAUUUGUCAUACCUUGAUCUCUCUAGAGGUGGCAUAAGAGAUGAAGCCCCAACAUGGUUGUGGACUAUAUCCCCUUCAUUAGAGGCCUUAUUUCUUUCUGACAAUCAAAUUACUGGUUCUGUUCCUAAUCUCUCAUUCACUUCCAUCAGAUUCUUAUAUCUUAGUAACAAUAAUUUCUCAGGUCCUAUUCCAUUAUUUUAUGCCAAAGCUCUUCUUAUUCAGUUGAGUGGAAAUAUGUUCUCUGGUUCAAUUUCAUCUAUUUGCAAAAUUCCCCAUGAUCAUCUUUUUAGCCUUGACCUCUCCAAUAAUAAGUUGGCAGGAGAGGUUCCUGACUGCUGGGAGAAAAUGCCACACUUAUUCUCUCUCAAUUUGGCUGACAACAGUUUUUCGGGUGAAAUUCCUCGCUCUUUGGGCUCUAAUUUGCUUGAGCUCAAUGCACUGCAGUUGCGUGGAAAUAUUUUAUCUGGAGAGUUGCCUUCCACUUUGAGACUUUGCAGAGAAUUGAGGUUACUUGAUGUUGGAGGGAAUGAGUUAACAGGAGAGAUCCCCACUUGGAUUGGCGACUUGUAUAACAUGCGAUUUCUAAACCUUCGCUGGAACAAAUUGCAUGGCAGUAUUCCUCCUCAGAUUUGCAGAAUCACUGGUAUUCGAAUUCUGGACUUGUCGAUAAACAUUUUGUCUGAAAAAAUACCUGAUUGCUUCAACAAUUUUACUAUAUUGGCUCAGAUGAAUACCACACAACCUGAUCCAUAUUCUCUUUUUGGUUAUUACUUCACGUUCCAAUACAAUGAUAAUCUUCCAAACAAGAAAUUUCUACCUGUCUACGAAUAUUCUUCAGUUCAAUGGAAAGGUCGAGAAUCGGAAUACAGGAAAAAUCUCUUGCUUCUCAAACUCAUUGAUUUUUCAAGCAAUAGAUUGACAGGAAACAUUCCCAAAUCAUUUUACAGUAUGCAUGGAUUAAUUUCCUUGAACCUAUCAAGAAAUAGUUUGACAGGAAAUAUAAUUCGAGAUAUUGGUGAGAUGGAGAUGUUAGAAUGUGUCGAUCUAUCACACAACCAAUUCUCCGGUGAAUUACCCACAAGCCUGGCACAAUUACAGUACUUGGCCGUUCUCGACUUGUCCAACAACGACUUAUUUGGUAAAAUUCCAACGAGUACUCAACUUCAGAGCUUCGAUGCAUCUGCUUAUGCCGAGAAUGACGGACUCUGUGGGCCUCCUCUGCCGGCAUUGUGCCCCAAAGAUAGCUUGAGGCCACCCACCCCUAAUCUGGGCGAAAAUGUGAAUGAGAAAGACAACGACAGCCUCUCAUUUAUGCAAGAAGUCUGCAUAUCAAUGGGCUUUGGUGUUAUAUUUGGAUUUUGGGGAGUUGUUGGUUCUUUCAUACUCAAGAAAUCGUGGAGAAUUGCAUACUUCAACUUCUGGGAUGCUGUUGGAGAUUGGUUCUACGUCAGGAUUGCUGUGUUUCUAUCCAAAUGGAGACGAAGCUGAGAUAGUGAGGCGGACAAGCUCAUGGAUACAAGAAGAAAUGAAGAAGAAUAAAUAGUUUUGGCACCUGAAUUAUAGUCCUAUUGUUUCUGAAUACGUUAAUUAUGUCAUUGCUGAUCAAAUUAAGUGUUUUUCCUACUUUUUUUUUUUUGGUCAUUGUUUGUCAAGUAGAGAUGAA